AUGGGCAAAGACAUUGAAGUUGGAGGCGAAUUCAGUGCCAAGGACUAUCAUGACCCUCCACCAGCACAAUUGAUCGAUGCCGAGGAGUUCAUUCAGUGGUCUUUUUAUUGGGCUAUUGUUCCGAGUUACAAGAGCCAGACUGACGCAACCAAAAACGGGGAUGAAUGUGGUGGUGUUGGCAUUCUUGGCAUCGCUUGGUCCUUUGGUGGACACAUUAACCGGGCUGUGACUUUCGGUUUGUUCUUGGCUAGGAAGGUGUCCUUAGUGCGUGCCAUUUUAUACAUGGUGGCUCAGUCCCUGGGGGCCGUGCUUAGAUCAUUGGUACUUUUAUUCGGCUACACUGUCUUCUCUGCUACUGACCCCAAGAGGAAUGCAAGGGACUCCAAUGUUCCUGUGCCGGCACCACUUCCCAUUGGAUUUGCUGUCUUCAUGGUUCACUGGGCCACUAUUCCAAUCACUGGAACUGGUAUCAACCCAGCUAGGAUCUUUGGAGCUGCGGUGGUCUACAAAAAGCAGAAGGCAUGGGAUGACCAUUUGAUUUUCUGGGUUGGACCUUUCAUUGGUGCUCCGAUUGCUGCAUUAUAUCGACCAAUACAUCUUGAGAGCAGCUGCAGUGAAAGCCCUUGGGUAGGAGGGGAUACCUUCAUGAAGAAUAUUGAUGUUGUCAAUCCUUCCAAGUAUGCGAAUGAGUCUUCAAAAUGUGAGAUGGACAAUGAAGCUAACUAA